AUGUCUUCGAAAUCGAUACCACAAUCGCCAGCUUCCGAUGGCGCGCACCGCUACGCCCACGUCAACGUCAACAAGCCCUCCUCCUACUGGGACUACGACUCUCUGCGCGUGCAGUGGAAUAGCCCUGACCGGUACGAGGUGGUGCAGAAGAUCGGCCGUGGCAAGUAUAGCGACGUCUUCCUCGGCGUAGACACCAAGGUGCUGCGUCAGGUUGUGAUCAAGGUGCUGAAGCCAGUCAAGAAAAAGAAGAUUCUGCGUGAGUUGAUGGUGCUGCAGACGCUCAAAGGCGGUCCGAAUAUUGUGGAGCUCUUUGAUGUCGUGCGGGAGCCCAAUAGCAAAACGCCCUCCUUCGUCUUCGAGUACGUGAAGUCAUGUGACUUCCGAACCGUCUUCCCCACCUUCACUGAUUUAGAGGUGCGCAGCUACAUUUUCCAGGUUCUCAUGGCCCUCGAAUACGCCCAUUCGCAUGGUAUCAUGCAUCGUGACGUGAAACCGAACAACGUGUGCCUGGACUAUAAAACAGGUAAGCUGAAGCUGAUUGACUGGGGUCUGGCUGAGUUCUACCAUCCUGCCACGUCUUAUAACGCUCGCGUCGCAUCCCGCUACUUCAAGGGGCCGGAGCUGCUCGUAGAAUUGCCUAUGUACGACUACCGCCUGGACAUGUGGUCGCUGGGAUGCAUGCUAGCAGCCAUGAUCUUCAUUCGUGAGCCAUUCUUCCGCGGGAAGGACAACACGGAUCAGCUGGUGCGCAUUGUGAAGGUGCUCGGCACGGACGAUCUGCAAGUGUACCUCAAGAAGCACAACGCGAGUCUGCCGCCUGUGCUAGAGGCGACUCUCGGCUACCACGCGAAGAAGCCGUGGAGGAGCUUUGUGAAUGGGCAAAACGAGCACCUGUGCCCGCCCGAAGCACUCGCGUUUUUAGACAAGUUGCUCCAGUAUGAUCACAUGAAGCGGAUCCAAGCGGCAGAGGCAAUGAUGGACCCAUACUUUGACCCCGUCAGACCCAAGGAUUUUACGCUAGACAGAAUCACCGUGGGGGCUGAGAACGGAGGCGGCGGCGCGAGUGUGUGCAACGAAGAGAACGAGCACAAGAGAGCGCCAAGAAUAGAAUCGUGA